AUACCUAAACCUAACCUCACUUUUUACAAGAUCUAAAUCUGCAUAACAUGUAAUAUGACUUUGGUAGGAGAUUUCGAAGAAAAAUCAGAGAAAAAUGUUAAUAGCCAACAAAACCAAGCUGGUACAAUACCACCCGAUGCCAGUCAAUGGGGCUACGACCUAUAUCCGAGCAGAAAAUCCCACAAUGAUUCAGCUUCAAUCACAGACUAUCUUAAAGGAAAGGGCAAAGAGAAUAUAGAUAAAAUUCAUUGUGAGAGAAACGUAUAUAAGUGUAUAAAAGAAAGUCCGAUGAUUAAGUUAAUGAUGGGGGCUUUGAAGGCUUCAGGGUGUACUGUUGAUAUUAGGAGACAUAUUUCUUGUGAGGAGUGUGCUCCUACUGUUAGUGGAGGCUAUGAUCCUAUAAUGAAUCAAGUAGUUAUAUGUCAAAACUCUGCCACAAAAGUAGGCGCAGUGAACACUGUCCUGACACACGAAAUGAUCCACAUGUUCGACUACUGCAAAAAUAACGUAGACUUCAAAAACCUCGAACACUUAGCAUGUACCGAGAUACGAGCUGCCAACCUGGCCCACUGCAGUUUUCUCUCUGCACUAGUUGCUGGAGAUGCCUCACUUUUUUACAUCAAAGAAGCCCACCAAUACUGUGUGAGGAAUAAGGCGCUCAGUUCGGUUAUUGCCGCUAGGAACGUUAGUAAAGAGGAAGCUAUGGUUGCUAUUGAUAAGGUCUUUUCAAAAUGUUAUGCAGAUUUAGAGCCUGUAGGUAGGAGAAUAAGAAGAAAUUCUGCUGAUAUGUAUAAGGCAUAUGAAGAGGGACAGUAUUAUGGAUAUGGAUAAACUAAAAUGUAGUGUUCGACGUUGUAGGCAUUUGUUGACUAUUUGUAAGAGAAGAAAAAGCAGAAUGUGAAAUUUUACUACAGCAUAUUUUGCAGGAACCAUCCCUAGUUGUUUAUAUUAUAAAUAAAAUAUUUAAAAAAAUAAA